CUUUCUGGAUGCUUUUACUUCCCUUGCUUUUACUUUACAGCAGUACAUUUUUCAAAGAAUGUUUACUUUCUUAUCUUUCCUCUCCCAAACAUCCAGAAACAGGAAACAGAAAGCUGGCAGAAGCGAUGGUUCGAAACACUGCAGCCCUGAGGCUAUAAACAAACCCUUCCCUCUUUGCAGUACACUGCAAUGUACUUCUGUGUUUCAACAAGUACUAGAGAACAUACCACACUGACACCAGCCUCCCCCUCGCACACACUCACACACACUCAUCAAAGGGCGUUGCUUUGGCAGCUGUUGGAGAGAACAAAACAGUUCCCAGGAAUUUCUUUAGGAAUCUUCACUCUCCAGCCGGGAAUACCAUGGAUCCCCAGUGGCAGUACCAGUUCCGGAUCAUCUUGCUGGGAGACUCCACUGUUGGGAAGUCUUCCCUAUUGAAGCGCUACACGGAAGACGUCUUCAUCGACUUCAUAAACCAGACUGUGGGAGUGGAUUUCUAUGUUCAGUUCUUUGAAGUGGAGCCUGGAGUCAGGAUCAAGCUGCAGUUCUGGGAUACAGCUGGGCAGGAGAGGUUCAGGUCGGUGACACGCUCCUAUUACCGGAACUCAGUGGGUGGGCUCCUGCUGUUUGACAUGACAAACCGAGACUCAUUCGAUCAUGUGCGGGAGUGGUACCAGGAGGUGUCGGAGCGGGUGCAGCCACACAGGGUGCUGUUUGUGCUGGCGGGACACAAGAGUGACCUGGAGGCCGAGCGGACUGUGUCCCGCAAGGAAGGAGAGAGCCUGGCUGAGUCGCUGGGCCUGCCAUACAUCGAGACCUCGGCCAAAACCAACAACAACGUAGUGCAGGCAUUCGAGCUGCUCUGCAGAACCGUCUACCAGGCGCUGCAGAGCGGGGAGGUGGCUGUGCGCGAGGGCUGGGACGGGGUGAAGUCUGGGGCAGCGCAGGCACAGGGACUCAAACCCCGCAAGGAGGCUGAGCCUGCAGUGAGCAGCACAUGCUCCUGCUAACUCUUCCAAUUCCCUGGCAACUGCCUUUGGAAAGAUCCUCAUGAAAGCACCUAGACAUGUCUUGCCGUACUUAAAAGAUUUUUUCUGGCAUUUGUGAAUUUAGUGCUCAUGAAAGGUGCAAUUGCAAUUGCGUAUAGUCAAGACACCAUGAGAGCUUCCCCUCACAGCUCUCCCAGAAUGCACCUUAGUUCUGACCAGAUCACCCCCUGCCUGCCAUUCAGCCCUGGUCCUCUCUCAUUCGGAGAUUGCUAACCGUGCAUGGAGUGCAAGACCACCACAUGAACCGAGUUCUCCAGAGGUGAAAGGAAUGAGUUCUAGUGAAUUUCUCUGCCGGGGUCACUUUGCCUUCGUGUCAUUGUUUCUGCUGAAAAUAUAAACACUUAAUCAAUCAUGUUUGGCUAACGUCUUCUGUGUAAAUAGUGGAUUUUGUUUGUGGAAAUCUGAACUGCAGAGCAAUGCUGCAUUGAUGUGGAAGUACAUACACAUUACACACACUGCUGCAUUUAAGAUGUGCUGUUUUGGUUUUGUGUGGUUUUUGUUUUUGUUGCUUAAAAUUAUCAAAGUUUAUUCCUGGGGUCAAAAUACCUAAAGAUCCAUUUUGAAUUUUACUGGAUUGAAAUACAGGGCUCAGUCAAAUCUUAAGAAGAAAAUUACUCUUAUUUUGGUAUAUAUUCCUAAAAAUGGGUGAGAGGGUUUCUGUUUCCACUAGCAUACUAUAGAAAAUUACUAUAGUGAUGAAACUAUAUUAUUUUGCUAUAGCAUUUUUUUCUAUGGGUGACUUUGCAAGAAAGACUUAAUGGUGCAGCACUAAGCAAUAGCAACAAACACAAAACAAAUGCCAAUAAAAAAUGAAACCUAUAUUACAGAAGAAUAUGGGCAACCAAGCUACAUCAUUGAUGAGUAUGAGCAUAAAAUAUUUUAAACACUUAAUCAUAUGGAAGCAGUAGGACAUAUUGACGAGAGGUCAAGACACUCUUCUUGUCUUUUGUGUCAAAUUAUUUUCAGUAACAUACAUUCACUGCCAUGGCUGAACUAUAAGCAUCAUGAAAACUAAAUAAAUGUAAGUGAAUGACAUAUAGCCCAAGAUUCAGAUACCCUCAAUAAAUUAUGGUAAAAAAAUAAUGAUCACAAUUGAAUGUGUGGUUCUUUCUAUGAAAGUCUGUACAAUACAUGUGUGACAUAUGUAUGUCUGUAAAGACAUGUCCAGAGCAAGGUUAAUGACUGAUAAGCAGCUUUUAACAUACACUGUACAGGCACCUCCACAAUAUCCUUAUUGCCAGGAGGAUGCAUCCUCAGCUUUAUAUAGUUAUAAUACAUCUUUAGUCAUAUAAUACUUUUCAUACACUGAAGCAUCUCACGCUUUAGUCCCAGGUGUAGUAUCUGAACUUGUCAAGCACAGCACCAAAUAUGUGAGUUCCUUUUAUUUAGAGUGAUUCACUGAAGACACUCGUUAUAAAGUUGUUUCUUGCUGCUAACAUGCUGCAUCUGAGAACCUGUUUCUUAGUUGACAAGCUUCAACUAUGAAGGAAGCUUUGACAGCCCACGACAUAGGAAUAUAUCAUGCAGUGUUUUGUUCAUUGAAACUGGCUUGAAACAGAAUUAUCUUAAUUUUCUUUCACUGUGUUCUGCUGGUUUAUGUACAGUAUG